AUGGAUCACAUACCUCGCCUGUCAGAGACAGUAUAUUUAGGAUUGUGUCGUGAAGAAGGGAGUCCUACAGAAGUGAGGAUCAGAAGAGAAGUGAUGGACACUGUGGAGGUGGUGAGGAAACCUCUGUAUAUCAUCAGGGGACUUGAUAGAAUGAAGAGUGGAAGUAGACGUGAAGGAUUCAGAUUAAUUACUUCAGAUGAAGAUUUUAUGUUCUGGCCUCCCGACCAUAAGGUGAUAUGUGAUUUCUCUCAGAUCAGUCUCUACCGUAUCCCACACCACACUGUUAUCUUGAUGGAGUGUGAUAAUUUACCACCAGGAUUUACCAGACUUAACCUGAUGAGUCAAUCACAUCAAGCAAAUAUUAUUUCCUCCUGUGUUGAAAUAAAUAACAGUCUUUACAUUUCAAGUAGAUUAUUCAGAGAAGAAAAUUUGCUAUUCGUAAAGACAUCAAAUUUUCCGAUCCCUAAUGCUGUCCAACAAGGACCUUGUUCUACGUUUUCCUUAAUCCUUGAUGUAGAGGUUGACGGUGCGUUCUGCUUACAAUCUCAUCACUGGCCUACGUCAGCACUACCAUGGAUACAGAGAUGUCGUGAACAAGGCUGGCCAGAUCAGAAUGUUUUUUCAGAGAUAUUAAUCGGAGGAUUUCAUGUUGUACCUAUUGGAAACACACCUGAAAAUGAACUAGAAUGGAGAAUCUCAUUCUCUCGAGCAGAACAAAAACUCGUUUAUUCAAUGAAUCACUGUCAGUUUUUGUGUUAUGGUCUCUUCAAAUUGUUUUUGAAAGAGGAAAUGGGUAGCCUUUGUCGACGCAGUCCACCGGAUGAAGAAAUGCUGUGUCAAUGCAACAAGUGCACUUUCCACGAAAUAGACAGUAAUAUGAACAAUCACAUUGUCCUACUUCAGUCAGGUUUCGAACACUCUCAGGACAACAAUUCAUGUCCUGGAAGCAGGAAUCUUCACAGGAACAAGGCAGACAACGCUCUAGUGUCACGUGAGGUUCAUACUUUCUUGUACCUGGCCAGUCAAAACACAUGA